AUGUUACUAUCUGUAUUUUGUAAUUACCUACAAUUGACUUAACUUCCUUGGGUGAGGUCUGGGAGAAGGCUGGUCAGGAGCAGGCCAGUGGAUGGCAGAAACAGGCUGAUGAUCAUCCUUCAGCUGCAGACAGAAGAAGACUGGGUGGGAAGAGGAAGCCUGUAUGACCUGUUCUACACGGUUUUGAACAAUCUGCUGAAGCUAGGAGUUUUUCUAUUCGGCUGUAAUGAAAUCAGACGGGUUGAUCUCGCUGUCGGCCAUCGGAGACUGCGGGGGUAAACACCGCACGACUCGCUAAUCUCGGUUGAACGCUGUGGAUGUAGUGACAGUGCUGCCCAGGUCAUUGGGGUGGACGGCAUGUCUGUGUGAGGGCCAGUCAGAAAAGUAGACAAGUAUGCAGUCUUCUGGGCACCGGUUACGGGAUGUGGAGCAGCACCAUCCCUUACUGGGCAGUGGGGAGGAGGAGGUGGCAGUGGGCCGUGUCUGGUUUAUCCAGGAUGGCUGUGGCAUGGUGUGCGCCUUCAUGACCUGGUUUCUGGUGUUGUAUGCACAGUUCGUGGUGAAUUUUGUCAUGUUGCUUCCCUCCAAAAGCUUCUGGUACACUUUAAUCAAUGGAGUGGCGUUUAACUUCUUGGCUGUGCUGGCGCUGGCAUCGCACCUACGCACCAUGCUGACAGAUCCGGGAGCGGUCCCUAAAGGUAAUGCCACUAAAGAGUACAUGGAAAGUCUACAAUUGAAACCUGGGGAGGUCAUCUAUAAGUGCCCUAAAUGUUGUAGCAUCAAGCCAGAGAGAGCCCAUCAUUGCAGUAUCUGCAAGAGAUGUAUCAGGAAAAUGGAUCAUCAUUGUCCCUGGGUGAACAACUGUGUGGGAGAAAACAAUCAGCGGUUCUUUGUCCUGUUCACUAUGUAUAUAGCUUCAAUUUCCCUGCAUGCCCUCUGCCUCAGCUUUUUCCAUUUCUUCACCUGUGUCAAAGUCCAGUGGAGCGAGUGCAGUGAUUUCUCCCCUCCUGUGGCCGUCAUGCUCCUCAUUUUCCUCUGCUUGGAGGCUAUCCUCUUCCUCACCUUCACCGCCGUCAUGUUCGGCACACAAAUUCACUCCAUUUGCAAUGAUGAGACGGAAAUCGAGAGGCUGAAGAAUGAGAAGCCGACGUGGGAGCGGCGGGUGCGCUGGGAGGGGAUGAAGGCAGUGUUUGGGGGUCCUCCCUCUCUUCUGUGGUUCAAUCCUUUUGCUGGACUGCGCCUCAGGCGCCUGCGGAUGGUCCACAGUCGCAAAGGAGGCUCAGAGUUCUCAGUCUGAGGCAUCCCAGCAUCCUGGUGUGUGUGCUAACAUGCCAGUAAACCCCACACAUUGAGAACAUGGCACAUCUCUCCUAGCUGGUGGUGCAGGUAGGAGAACACAGUGAAGAGAAUGCAAUAGACUUAAAGCUGCUGGCCCGGAGGAGGAGGAGAGGGGCUGGGCCAGGACCGUAUAGACUCUCUAUUAAACCACUGGACCUCAACAGAAGGAUCAUAAUUUUUACUUUUGCUUACGUUGGCUGUGCCUGACCUGUCUUCAUGAACAUCCGAACAGAUUUUCCGUUUGUUUGUGUUUUUAAGGGACUAUUUUUUUGUGUAGAUAUAAUACAAGAUAUUGACUCAAUGCUUUAAAAAGGUACCAAGAACAUCAGCAUUUAUAAGGGUAUUGCUUCAGAGCAUUAGUGUCAAAGUAGUCAAGUUCUUUACAGUCAGUGAAUCUUGGUCCAAAAAAAAAAUCCUACGGACCAAAUUGAAAUUUGGAGAAGAAUGUCUUAUUUGCCAAGAAAGUUCUAAACCAUAUUCUGCAUUAAGUGCUUGCUAUGAAGCUGUAAUAAAACGCUCCCCUGUCUUAGGUAUAGAUUAUACAUAAAAUCAUGAGAUAAACAUUAAAUCAGAAAUUAUGACAGAUGACAGAUUAUUUUAGCUUAUUAUGUUGUAGAGACAAUAAUACAUCUAAAGCCUUAUUUACACAAUCUUGAAGAUUAUAGAAAUGGCAGUAAAUGCUGUAGAGAGUAUUUAGAUCACUGCACUGUUUCAGUGCUGCAGUCAUGAUCAGUUUUUAAGCUGUUUGAAUGGCAAGAAUCAAGACAAAUCACUUUAGGGUGUGCAGAAUGAAAGCAUGACCUGCACCCUUUUGCACAUUUGAGUUCAGCCAUUACAUCUGAGGGCUCAGUCAGACCCAGCUGUUGUUUCAUAUUUCCAGAUGUUUGGUUCAAGCUCCUUGUCCUUUUUUGAUGCAGAGGCAGCACUGUGUGGUACGGUGCUGCGGCUGCACCUCACUCUCUAAUCUUCACUGUAUUUCUCACUUCUCUGUAAGACGGGAGCUUUUACCUCAGCGGUUAAUAGUGAUUUUUAUGACGAUAUAUGUAUAAUUAUUGCAGAUGAAAACAUGUUUUACGAACUAAAUAGAGUGAACACAAUGUAUAAUAUUUUAUCUUUCAGUAUGUACUCAUGAUGCAAUACAAUACAAAACAAUCUAGAGUAUAAAACAUGUUCAAAAAGCACUAGACGCCAAUCUCCCACCAACAGAGCUGAACCUGCCAUGGCUGUUGGCCUGUUUAGUGGUUUAGUGUUAUGACAGUUGACAGUGUUGGUUCUUGCUGGUUCUCUGUUCAUGCUAAUUGAUGUUUUCAGCAACUUGUUAGUCCUGUUGUGGUGGCCUCUUCCCAGUUCUGGUUUAUUGCAGUGACCAGUGUUUCAGCACUUCAGUCCAUACUUCUGAUUCUGCUUACUGGUUAUUUAAAGCAGCAGUCCUUAAGAUUUGAUAUAAUUUCUUAUAAAUUGAAAGCAGUAGUAUUCCUGAGGAGGGUGGGAAGAAACUAUUUUAAAUAAUAGUAUCAUUUGGCAUGUUGGUGUGGCCAUCAAUGAAACAUCUUAUAUACAGCUCUGGAAAAAAACUAAGAGAUCACUUUAGUUUCUGAAUCAGUUUUUCUGAUUUCGCUAUUUAUAGGUAUAUGUUUGAGUAAAAUUAACAUGGAUGUUUUAUUCUAUAAACAACAUUUCUCCCAAAUUCCAAAUAAAAAUAUUGUCAUUCAGAACAUUUAUUUGCAGAAAAUGAGAAGUAGCUGAAAUAACAAAGAUGCAGAGCUUUCAGACCUUAAAUAAUGCAAUAUUUCAUAUAUUCAUAUUCAUAAAGUUUUAAGAAAAAUCAAUAUUUGGUGGUAUAACCCUGGUUUUUAAUAACAGUUUUCAUGCAACAUCUUGGCAUGUUCUCCACCACCAGUCUUACACGCUGCUUUCGGAUAACUUUAUACCACUCCUGGUGCAAAAAUUCAAGCAUUUCAACUUGGUUUGAUGGCUUUUGAUCAUCCAUCUUCCUCUUGAUUAUAUUCUAGAGGUUUUCAAUUUGGUAAACUCAAAGAAACUCAUAAUUUUAGGUGGUCUUUUAUUUUUUUCCAGAGCUGUAUAAUUAUUGUUAAAACAGAGGUCUGGUAGGUUCUUGCGGUAAUAUGUCAUGUGUUUUUUUUAUGUAAUUACACCACAUGCACAGCCUCUAAAGGAGGAUCUCGCAUGUUAAACAUGGAGAAACGAACAUACUCAGAACAACAUACUCUGUCUUUAUCUGGUCACCCAGAGAGGUCUCAAAAUCUCUAAAUCCCUAAAAUGUAGGGACUUUCACUUUAUCAAGUCAUGAGUGUCAACAGAUAAAAAAUGAAAUGCUGUAAUGUCACCUUAACAAUGGCUUUCCAUACUGAUAACCUAACAGAAAGACUUGCACCUGAAUGACAUCUUAGUUUUUGGAUGGUUAGCCGAGUGCAAUCUACUGUAGUUCAAAUACAGUUCGUGGAAUAACUUAAUAUUUUUUAACUGUUUACUUGAGACAAUGUUUUUUUCUGUAAUACAGGAUUUACACCCACCAGCCAUAACAUUAAAACACUUGGUCUGAUAUCAUGUAGGUCCUCUAAAGGGAUUUUGUUGCAUUGUAGGCAUCUGGAGGUUACAGCAGCAGAUCAUGUAAGGUGUGAGGUGGGGCCUCCAUGAGCAUCAGUGAACAUUGGAGGCCCAUAAAUCCUUUCUUGGAGCACUUCUGACCACUGCACACUGGGAACACCCUACAAGAACUGCCUGAUCUAUUCAGAGAGUCUCAGAUUCUAAUGCCUGACAACAAACCAAGAACUGUGUUUGCUGCUUAGUAACCACUAGAACCAGAUCAUCAAUGAUAUUCACAUCAUCUGGCAGUAGUUUUAAUGUCAUGGCUGAUUAGAUUGGGGUAUAAAUACGAUGCUGUCAAGUGGGAAGGAAAACAAAGCUCACAACCUACAUAUAGUUCUUGAUUGGGUUCUACUGGUUGCAGAUGUUGGAGGAAACUUGCCUUUUAUUAGCAUGUAUGUCACUGAGAAUGUAUAUUGUGCUUUUUAUAUCUAAGUAUUUAGAAAGAAGAUGGAAAGGGAACAUUUUAUUGACACUAAAAAUAUAUAUAUGUGCUGUUAUGCUUUCCUUAUCCUCACUACAGAAGGAGUACUGCCUAACUGCAUCAAUUCCUCAUUGAACUUGCAGGUUGGCCACCACAGCUUAGCAUUCCUGUGAGAACACUUAGGGAGAGUUUCCCAGACGGGGAUUAAGACUAGUCCUGGAUUACACAGCAUUUUGAGUGGAGAUUUUUCAUUGGAAGGAAAUUAUAUACUUCAUUCCAAAGUGUAGGCUACAGUCAAGAUACAACUGUCCUAUGAAGUGUCCUUCUCAGUAGCUUGUUGGUCACAAAUUUGGAACAGUUUCCCUUGUUUUCUGACAUUUUUUGCCCAAUUAUUGUGGUGCUCUUGUUCGUUUCUUCAUUUCUCCCACAUGUUGGACGUGCACUGAACGUCGGCUGCAUGUCUCACCUGUUAACAAAUGGUUCUUCAGUGAGGCAGCGGCUGAAAAAUGCAGCCUACACUUUGUAACAUGGUUAUACAGUCUACGAGUAAUCUUAAUCCCUGUCUAGAAAACUGACCCUCGACAUAAGAGUCUUGCCCCUGGUGCUGCAGGAGUGUGUGUUAAGUGUGUUAACCUUCCGUAUAGAGUUGAGAAGCAAGGGAAAAGCUUUUGCACACAAACAUACAUCCUGCAUUAAAGGGUUGCUUGUAGAAGCAAAGAAUAUAAUAUCAGAGCUUUAUUCACAUGUAGGCUAGUCGAGAUAAUCAAGUUUAAAACCCCAUGCCAACUGUGGAACCUGUGGUCAAGAUUAUGUGUAGAGUUCUAAUACAAUCAAAGAGAAUGUUGGAAGCAUUGUUCUUUACGACUGGAAAACACACACAGAUGAUGUUAUUAAAUACAGUGUGAAUGGUUACUGAUUUAUCAAGAAAUUUUCAAUUGUGUCAAACAAUAAUAAUUGUUCUUUCAUAUGUAAAGCUCUUUUGCAUAAUAAAGUUGUUAGGUUCAAAGA